AAUAGGAGUCCGGUAGAUUUACUCUGAGUGUGGAGAGUUUUAAAGGAGAGGAGAGCUGUGUUUGUUGUUGAGAGAGAGCGAUUUAUUGUGAAUUUUCAAAGAUUCUAACGUCAAGGUUCAUUUUCAGUCUUUGGACCUUAAACUGAGAAGUGACUGGAGAAAUGUCCACUGUUACUGUAACAGAGCCUGACAUCCAGGCCGGUCAGACCCUUUGUGGCGGCCAGGCAGAGUACUCCGUACUAGAGUUCAUCGGCGAGGGGUGCUUCGGUCAAGUGGCCAGGUGCCAGAACCUCCAAACCAAAGAGGCCGUCGCCGUCAAGAUCCUGAAAAAGGGCCCUGGUUUGAUCCUGGACACUGAGAAAGAGGUUACCAUCUUAAAGGUCCUCUCAGUGCUAAAUCCAGAUGCCACCAAUUUGGUGAAGUUUUUUGAGCAGUUCACCCACAUGGGACGAACCUGCCUCGCAUUCGAGAUGCUCCAAACUAAUCUAUACGACCUGCUCUCCCAUCGGGAUUAUGAAUCCAUGUUCCUGAAUGAGAUAAGGCCAAUUGCAAAGCAGCUCUUUGUGGCCUUGGACGCACUAAAUACUCUUGGCAUAUUGCAUACCGACAUAAAACCUGAUAACAUCAUGGUAAUCAAUGAGCUGGACCAGGCCCUCAGGGUCAAGUUAAUAGACUUCGGCGAGGCCAUCCCAGCCUCCAAAGUCAAGCCUGGGAUGGAGAUCCAACCUCUCGGAUACAAGGCUCCAGAGGUUGCCCUCGGCCUGAACAUCACAGAGGCUAUAGAUGUUUGGGGAGUAGGCUGCGUCCUAGCCUUCCUCUUCCUCGCCGAUAACCUCUUCCCAGUCAAUUGUGACUAUCAGUCGAUGAGGUGCAUGGUGGAGGUUCUGGGUCAGCCCGAGGACCAUCAGCUCCGUGCUGGCAGGUUCACUCGCUUCUUUUUCACCGAGGAGGAGGCUGCUGGCGGUCCAAAAUGGAGACUUCUGACUCCUGAGGAGUACGCAGCUGUGAACGGUUAUAAAGCUGCAGAUCAUCACAGCUGCAUCGAUCUGCUGAGCUCUCUGGAUGCUCUGGUGAAUUUUUAUCCAGAUGAGGGCCCUGCAGAAACUGAUGAUAGGAGGGCUUUUGUGGACCUCAUGAAAGGUCUGCUGCACCUUGAUGGGUCCCAAAGAUUCACGCCCCAUCAAGCUCUGCAGCAUCAAUUUAUCAAAAUGGCCCACCUGACCCAGCACCAAGACUACCGGAAUUACUCACAAGUCAUCAUGAUGAGUAUCUGCCAACAUCCUGGGUCCUGUGGCGCAGACAGGACACCCUUCUCCACUGAGGAUGGUCCCACAACUGGGUCCCCCAACAGGGCAGCAGCCACUGACCCCCGCCAUGAUUCAGACUCCUGGCAUUCGGGUGGAGAUCCACCUCCUCUCUGGGCUGCAGAAGGCUCCAGUGACGGGGACACAGAGUCCCAGCUUUCAGAAGGAGAAACACCCUGUCCCCUCUACUGGGACUAUGAGGAUUCCUGGCCCUCUGAUGGAGAAAAACCCUCCUCUCACAGGGACACGGAGUCCCAGCUUUCAGAGGGAGAAAUAACAUGUCACCUCUCCUGGGACUAUGAAGACCCCUGGUCCUGUAACUGGGCUCAAUUUAAAGAGUCUCAGGCAGAAAAACCAGAGCCCAGCUCACCUGAAGAGGAGCCACCUCUCUGCUCUGACAGCGAGAAACCAGAAGAUGAAGCUGCACUAGCUGACCCCCCUGCCGAGACCACAGCUCCUUCUGGUGGCAAAAAGAAGAGGCCAAAGUGGUUCUCCCGAGUCUUCAGGAGAAUCGCAGCUUUUGUUGACCGUGCCAGAACGAGGAUUCGAUCCUUGUAGGGUGUCAUUGAACUCUGUAAAUAUAGCAAAUAAAAAUGAAAGCAUUACAAUA